AUGGACAAACCUUCUCAUCUGAGUGUCAUCGUCGACCUUUCCCCGACCCAAUGGGCUAUCUGUUCCCAAUCCACGAACCCUCCAGGAAUCACUUUGCAAGCGUUCUCGUCUCAACUGAUUGCUUUUCUGAACGCACACAUAGCAUGCAAAGACGAGAACACUUUGGCUGUCUUCGGUGCUUUUCCCGGACAAAGUGUGAUGCUAUAUUCUUCCACAGGGGAAGCCAUGACCGUCAAUGCCGAAGCAACGGAUGCGAACACAUACCGUCCCUUCAAGACACUUGAUCAAACGGUUAUGGCGUCAAUAGCGGAGCAUUUGCAGAGUUACGAAGGAGCAGAGGAAGAGGCUCCCAUCGGACUGGUUGGAUGCUUGACCAAAGCCCUCUGCUACAUAAACAAAACAAUUACGGUCACUUCCGCUGGUGUACCAGGAGGAGAGUCUGCCGCAACAGUUGUGGAUCCCAGGAUUCUCGUAUUGUCCAUCUCCCCUGACCAAUCGUCAACUUAUAUUCCUAUUAUGAACUCUAUAUUCUCUGCGCAAAAGCUGAAAGUGACCAUCGACGUUUGCAAGAUUUUUGGUGCAGACAACAUAUUCCUGCAGCAAGCCGCGCAUUUAACCGGCGGGGCUUACGUCCACGUCGAGAGAACGGACGGACUACUGCAGUACAUGAUUAUGUCUUUCCUCCCUCCCCCUGCUAUACGUCAAUUGAUCUCGGUGCCCACGCAAGACAGGGUGGAUUUCAGAGCUGCAUGCUUCUGUCAUAAGAGGAUUGUUGAAGUCGGGUUUGUUUGUUCGGUGUGUCUAUCAAUAUUCUGCCAGCCGGUGCCAGUAUGUUCAACAUGCAGAACGAAAUUUCCUAUCAAGACGCUCCAGCGGCUCAAUGCCUCCCGCCCGCUCACUGCGCCGUCGGCUCCAUCCACCCCUAUGGCCAGUCCAGCGCGUCCUUUCUCGCAGCGCAACGGCACCAAUACACCUUCUCGGCCUGUUUGA